GAUCAGUCAGUGACUGUCCUUGUAACUGAGCCUGUGGCUAUACUGAAAGCAGAUGAAGUAUGGGGUGCUUUAAGAGGUUUGGAAACCUUCAGCCAGUUGGUUCAUGAAGAUGACUAUGGAAGCUUUCUUGUCAAUGAAUCCGAAAUCGAUGACUUCCCAAGAUUUGCUCAUAGAGGAAUCUUACUAGACACUUCAAGGCAUUAUUUGCCAUUGAAAGCUAUUCUUACGAAUCUGGAUGCCAUGGCUUUUAACAAGUUCAAUGUUCUCCACUGGCAUAUAGUAGAUGAUCAGUCAUUCCCUUACGAGAGUAUUUAUUUCCCUGAGUUAAGUGACAAGGGAGCGUACUCUUAUAACCAUGUCUAUACUCCUUCUGACGUCCAGAUGGUGAUUGAGUAUGCCCGGUUAAGAGGCAUUAGAGUUAUCCCAGAAUUUGAUACCCCAGGACACACACAGUCCUGGGGAAAAGGUCAAAAAGAUCUUCUCACCCCUUGUUACAGUGGAGCACAGCCAACUGGGUCCUUUGGACCUAUAAAUCCCAUUUUGAAUACAACUUACGACUUCAUGACUAGCUUCUUCAGAGAGGUCACCAGUGUAUUUCCAGAUGCAUACAUUCAUUUGGGAGGAGAUGAAGUGGACUUCAGUUGUUGGAAGUCUAACCCUGACGUGCAAAAGUUCAUGAAGCAGCAAGGAUUUGGCAUAGACUAUGCUAAACUGGAAUCUUACUAUAUUCAGAGAAUUUUGGAUGUUGUUUCCUCCUAUAACAAAGGAUACAUAGUCUGGCAAGAAGUGUUUGACAACAAAGCCCAGCUGAAACCAGAUACUGUAGUUGAAGUGUGGAUGGAAAACAGCUAUGCUCUUGAACUGAGCCGUGUUACAGGAGCUGGGUUCACGGCUAUCCUGGCAGCUCCCUGGUACUUAGACUACAUUAGUUAUGGGCAAGACUGGAAGAAAUACUACAGUGUUGAACCACUUAACUUCCCUGGAAGUGAAAAACAGAAAAAGCUUUUAAUAGGUGGAGAAGCCUGCAUGUGGGCAGAAUUUGUGGAUGCAACUAACCUCACACCAAGAUUAUGGCCUCGAGCAAGUGCUGUAGGGGAAAGACUCUGGAGCAGCAAGAAUGUGACCAACUUGCAGGAUGCCUAUACAAGACUGACCAACCAUCGAUGCCGCAUGCUCCGCCGUGGCAUAGCAGCAGAACCUGUGUUUGCUGGAUACUGCGCCCAUGAAGCAAGAGGGUAGUAACUGCUGCAAAGACUUCUACUUAACAACCUGAAGUGCCUCUGGGGUAUGUGUGUGUAUAUAUAUGUGUGUUUUGGUAUUUGAACCAAGACUUUUAAAUUUUCACUUUAAAAAUAAAGUUACUUGAC